CCGGCGUUGUUAGCUUCAUAGCUCACUAUGCUAGUUUCUGCUGGUGGGUGUGGGACCGUGACAGGGAAAGUCUGUAGUGCAACAUUUUUUGUUUUUAUUAAGCCCCGAAGCUAUAACAAGAGCAUGUUUUGCAGCUUUGACUCUGUGGCAAUGACGUUCAACACUUAAAUAAGAGUGCUUCGUUACUAUCUGGCUUUGUUUUUUCGAGGAAGUUUUAUAUUGAAGGAGCUCAAGGAAAAUGUCCCUGGAGUGUCCUCUGUCCCCGCCUCCUCCACCUCCUCCACCACCUCCUGCUCCAGGUCCACCACCUCCUCCUGUCUCAUCUCCCAAAAAGAAGCUGUAUCAGACCAUAGCCAGCAGCAGGAGCCCUGUGGAGGGGGAUCACACAGAGGCCCGCCUACUGCUCAGUCAGAGAGAGGCCAGUUUUAGGACGGGACUGGAGUGGAUACUGGUAAACACUUACGUGCCUUCACUCAUCCAAGACGGCCCACAGUGUGGUUUGGUGGCGCUGUGGAUGGCGGCUCACCUUCGACUGCCUCAGCUGAGUAUUGACAUGGAAAUAGUUAUGCAGACCGCGUUGAGCAGAGGAUACACUGCUCAGGGGGAAAUGUUUUCAGCUAAGAGCAUGGCUCUGCUGGCAGAGGAGGUUUGUCGUUGCAAGGCUGAAGUGCUGUCAGGUGGAUUAAGUGGUAGAAAUGCCGUGUCCAUCACCACACACCUGUGGGACAGACAACCUGUUCUCAUCCCAUACGAUGAGGACUUCAACCAUGAGCCAUGUCAGCGUGGCGGCCACAGGGCACACUGGGCAGUGGCGUCAGGUGUCCUUCUUGGUUUGGAGCCAGGAAGUCUGAGCAAAGAGCAGGUUCAGUCUGAUCCCACUCUGCCCUGGCUCUACCUCUGCCCUGAUACCAGCUCUCCAUGUCCUAUCAACAGUAAGGGGCUCAGAGAGGUCUACGUCCUGGCCAAGCAGGGCAAAAGCCUGCGUUACCAGCUGUGGAGUUGGAACUGUGUAGCACAGAGCAAUGAGCAGCUGAGGAUGAUGGACCUCAGCGGGCAAAUCGAUGGGACCCUUUAUGUGCUUCCUGAAGGAGGGGUGGAAGCUGGGCUCGCUGGACAGGCAGUGCUUCUCCAUACAAGGACUCACAAACAGUGAACACUUUACAGCCGUUCAAUUUGUUCGAGAGGAGACGCGAGACACAAGUCGUGAAUUUGGUUGUUAGUUAUUAUUGAUCCAGGAACAUACUUGACAUACUUAUAUUUUUUUCAUGCACAGCUUUGAAAAAGGGCUUGAAAAGUGCUGUGAAUUUUGAUAACUCAAUUUUGAUGCUACUGACUUUGAAUUUAAUGAAUCUGUUAAGAAUGUUACAUUACAAAGGUUGCUUUCCCUUUAAAGGGGCAGUGCUCAAAAGUUUUUGAUGUUGGCCAAAAAUUUCAUAAUUACUUUGCUUAUUGUUGUUCAAGCAGUUUUAAAGGAAACAAAAAUUUUCCCCUGGACUCUGUUACAGGCUGUAGAAAACCUACUAUCAUGAUGGAUAUUUUGGCUGCGUUUAGGUGUUUCAGAGGUGGGUGUGGGCUAAUUACAUUGAUCGGCAGGUGUCAUUACAGAUCACUGUCACACCAAACUAUUGCUCUCUUCCAUUGUUAAACAGAGAACUUCAGAGAACUGUCCUCUCGCCUCAUAUCAAUUUAAUUGAAUGUAUUUAUACAAUUAAAAUCGCUGAAAUUCUGUAUUUAUAGGUUUGUCUCUUUCAUGUAUAAGAAUUAACUCAAUUUUAAUUUGGUAAACUGAAGUCAGAGUACUUGUAUUCUCAGAUGGAGUGUAUGUGGCUGGAAAAAAACAAAACAAGAUCAGGCAUAUUUCCAGUUUAUUGUAUCAUGACCUUUUGGGCAACGCAAGGAUUUAUUUCUCUCAUCUGUUUUACAACUGCCUUUUAAAAAUACAAAACAUAGUUAUCAAUCCCGUUCUCUUCAUUACAAAUUUCCCAGUGUGAAAAUCUGAUUUUUCCUCAUUACAAAUAUAGAGAAUAAGAGGGCAACAGAAUGUAGUAGAUUGUAAACAAUUAUUCCUGUCAGUGUACAUUUGCUUUCAGGUGGACAAACUGAAUUCAGAUUCCAAUUCAUGAAGUCAGACGUUUAAGGCACUCACUGCAGAGACUUUGUGUACUGAGUGAUCCGCCCUCACACACCCACCCACAACAGUGCUGCAUAACACCGUCAAUGGUUGACUGGAAGACUCAAGACCGUUGUGUUCACCGACGUGCCACAUUCCUGUCGAGGUACGACAGACACGAGCAAACCGCUGACAUAAUCUCAGUAUAACAAAUUAGCUGUUCUUGUUGCACUUUUCUUUGUAAACUCAAAAUUGCAUACAAAAUUUAAAACCCACAAAUCCCCCAUUUAGUGUGGCCAAAUGAGGUUUACAGCAUCAGGUUUAAAAGUGAACUUGUAUUUGAUUAUUCAGUGAAUCAUAAGACAUCAUGUUUAAAGUUUGCAGUUUCAGCAUCACAGGUAAGUUUAAAAAGAUGAAGCCUCAAAAAUCCUCAACAGACUCAGUUUAAUCACGUAAUUCCAGUUUCACUUAACACUUUUCACCCCUUACUAUAUGCAAUGUCUGUUAAUCUGCUAAAUGUGAGCAUCUGUAAACCAGAAUUUGAGCGCUGCUUCCAACCAUAAUACACAAAGAGGCACAGCUUGUUUGUUCAAUGGCUUAGUAAGGAUCCAUAGUGCAACAGUUUCCAGACAAACAUGGCUGCCAAGAUGCUUACUGUACAGUUCAAUGAAAAUACUACACAACCUUUCACUGCAUUAUAAUAAAAAAAAAAAAUCCAAUUACAAACAGUUUCAACAAGAAAUUAAACUUUGGGAUUAAAUGCAAAUUGAUUUAUACUUGGUGAACUCUUGGAAGAAAAACAGCGGAGUCCACUGCACUGGAAUGGUUUUCUUUAAAAAUGCUAGGCACAGAAAUUGUACAAACAAGACAAAGAGGUUAUAAUAAGGCCAAGAAAUUAAAUAAAACUGUAUUUACACACUGAGUUAAUUAACACAUGGUAUGACCAGUGUUGUAGUGUUACUGUAUACUUGAACAUCAGAGGUGAUCCAUGACAAAAAUCAAAGUUGGAAGCCCUGUAGAAAGGCCUCUGAUGAAGUUCAUGGUUUUGAGAGUGCAGGCUGCAACUCAAACCAACAGAGGGAGAUGGUGAGGUGUGAGAGGAAAAGUAAUGUCCCACAUGCUUCUCCACUGCAGUCCCUCUCUGUUUUCUACUGACAAUGAUUCUGCACACAAUGAUCAGCAGUAAGUUCUUCCAUCUCAAAGACAAUCUGACUCAGGUUCCAGAAAUAGAGCGUGAUAGUCACCUUUGGCAAAUUCCACUAGUAUAAAAAAAA